UAAAAGCAUAACUGCAAGGGAACCAGCCUUCAAAUACGCAUUUAUCCUCUUAGCCGGAUGGUUUCCAUUGCUGUGCCUCUGCUGAAUAUGAAGCUUCACCGUCUACCAAGGCAUCCUCCACUUUCAUCCUUGGGAAAUGAUUUCCGUUCAACCACUUCUCAGGGCGUUUCUGAGCUCAAACUGUGUGGUGAGGAGUUCGUGACAAAAUUACUUGACAGAAGAUGGACAUUACUCAACCCAAAUACCACAAUUCAUCAAAUAAAGCUUUCUACUAUGCUACAUGGGAAUGGACUGCUUGGUAACAUUUCCUUCUCAAGCGAUACUCAUCCAUCGUUAGGUCAUGGCACUGCGGAUAAUUGCAAUCAAGACCCAUCCUUCUAUGUUGUCAGGGAUGAUUUGUUGCAUCCACUGGUAAACGGUAAUAAAGCAAGAAAACUGGAUGGACUACUUCCUCUUGUUGAAGAUCAUUCAGUGACUGAUGUGGUUUCAUGUGGAGGUUGUCAAAGUGCACAUGCAGCAGCAGUUGCUGUUUCAUGUGCUGAGAGAGGACUAAAAUCACAUUUGCUGCUACGAGGGGAACGACCUGAAAUUCUGACAGGCUACAAUCUGAUUUCCACAUUAUAUGGAAAUGUGAAAUAUGUUCCAAGAUCUCUUUAUGCCAAGAGGGAAGAAAUGCUCACCAGGCAUGCUGAUUUGGUGGCAGGCAACAGUGGUUCUGUUGUGUGGUUCAAUGAUCUUCUUGAGACCUCUUUUACAACUCAAACAUCUGGAAAACCAAAUCUUGUGCAAAUUGAUGCUCAUAUGAAUGCUGAUAGUCAUCCAAGAAAGGUUGCUAUUAUCAAUGAAGGUGCAGCAGAUGCUGUAGGUUUACUUGGUAUGAUUCGCCUUGUGCAGUACUUGUCCCAGAACCAUUUAUUUGGAAAGGAGAGGACCUUAAAAAUUGUUGUAGAUGCUGGUACUGGGACAACAGCUGUUGGUUUAGGACUUGGAGCCUUAUGUUUAGGGCUCUCAUGGGAGGUAACUGGAGUCAUGUUGGCUGAUACCGUUGAUGGUUACAGAAAAAAGGAGAAAUGCUUAAUUUCCGAUUUCAAGCACUGUACUGCUUUUCAUCAUAUUGAUCAUGUCCUCAAGGGGAUGGAUGGUGGGAUUGUUCAUUGGGUAGAACGUGACCAUCCAAGGAAAUUCGGCAAUGUGAAGAAAGGGGAAGUAGAAGCAUGCCAACAAAUUGCACAACAAACUGGUAUUCUAGUGGAUCCCAUAUAUACUUUAGCUGCUUGGGAACUGGCAACACUACUUAGUCAAGAGGAAGCUAAAGGGGGUGCAAAAGUGGUGAUGCUUCACACAGGGGGUACACUAGGCAUGUUUGGAUUAGCACAGAGGUACAAGUCUUACUUCCAUGCAGUCAAAGAUGGACUGCUUGUUUAACUAGUAAUGGAGAAUUUUAUGUUUGCUCCAUCUUAACUUCUAACUCAUAUGUGACAUAGAAAUGAAGAGAAACCCAAUGCCUGUUGCUCAGAGCUUGAGCAUAGUGGUAUGUAGCCUUUUGUUCUCCUUUUAUAUUUUCCCAGCUCCAUCAACAAUACUUGUCCAACAGUCCAAGUACCUUCAUGCAUCAAUCUGAGGAACUGCCUAGACUUUGCAGAAUCAACAACCAUGUACCAUCAUGCAUCCUGCAAAUUCAUGAGCUCUACUACUAUAAAAGAACAUAUAGAGUGUUCAGUUAAGUGGCCAGGACCCCAAUGUUAAUCGAGUGACUAGAGUCUGAGGUGAGGGGAACUGGACCUGGCUUUGCUCUGUACUGAGUACACUUGAUGAGCUUUAAGAUGCUGUAAAAAGACAUUGUGAUCUACCACAAGCCUCUGUUUUUGUUGCAGAUGUCCAACAGUACUUUUAGUCUUUUACUUAUUCAUUUUGUUAUCAAAUAAGAUGAUUUGGUCUCA